AUCAGCAACUGUCACGGCCAUGGAAACAGAAACGGACCGUCGACGUCAACGAAUAAUGUACUUUUAAUUUUGGAGAUAUAUAAUUUAGGGAUAACGAUUGAUGUUCGGGGUUAAAUAGUCGCUCAACUUGCACUUUUCUGCAGUGAUAACUAUAACGUAGGCAACUGUCAUUUAUGUCAAUUUUUCUGUGUUCACCUAACCAUCAAAACCACCACAUUUGAAACUGACAGAUGGAGGGAAGUCAUGUCGCACACUGGGGGAAAACAGAUGCACGUGUGUAAAAAUGAAAUGGGGCAUUGGGUGAAAGUAUGCUUUGCCUCGGAGGUCUUACAUCUGAUCAGUCUGGCAGGAACUCUGCACCACAUUUGUAGGGUUUCUUGGACUGUUCUGUCUAAUGUUUCAGAUUGUAUGGAUAUCCUGUUCGGUGAUUUUACUAGCAAAUCUUGCCGCUCCUCUCGAAAAUGGCCUUGCCCUAACUCCACCUAUGGGCUGGCUGUCAUGGGAAAGGUUUCGAUGUAAUACCGACUGCAAAAAUGAUCCUGACAAUUGUAUCAGAGAUCAACUUUUUCGCACAAUGACAGAUAUCAUUGUAGCAGAAGGGUAUGCUGAUCUUGGAUAUGAGUAUGUGAACAUUGAUGAUUGUUGGAUGGAAAGGGAAAGAAGCUACGAUGGUGUGCUUGUACCAGAUAGGCAACGUUUUCCUUAUGGCAUGAAGAAUCUUGCCGAUUAUGUUCACUCCAAGGGACUGAAAUUUGGGAUUUAUGAGGAUUAUGGCAAUUUCACAUGUGGGGGUUAUCCAGGUAUUUUAGGCCAUCUCGAAACUGACGCUAAUACCAUUGCAUCUUGGGAUGUUGAUUAUGUGAAAUUAGAUGGCUGCUACACUCUCCCAAAAGAUAUGGACAAAGGAUAUCCUGAGUUUGGAUAUCACCUGAAUCGCACAGGACGGCCCAUGGUUUACUCAUGCAGCUGGCCAGUUUAUCAAACUUUUGCCGGCAUGCAGCCCAACUUCUCUGCCAUAAUAGAGCACUGCAAUUUGUGGCGAAAUUACGUAGACAUUCAAGAUUCCUGGACUAGUGUAGAAAGCAUAAUGGAUUACUUUGGUGAUAACCAAGAUGCUAUUGUGCCGAAUGCAGGCCCGGGUCAUUGGAAUGAUCCAGAUAUGCUAAUCAUUGGUAAUUUUGGGCUAAGCUAUGAACAGAGUAAGUCGCAAAUGGCCUUAUGGUCUAUAAUAGCUGCACCACUGUUCAUGUCUGUUGAUCUUAGGACAAUUAGGCCAGAAUAUAAAGCAAUUUUACAGAAUAGAAAAAUAAUUGCGGUCGACCAGGAUCCUCUGGGAAUCCAGGGACGCAGAAUCUAUAAGCACAAGGGUAUUGAAAUAUGGGCAAGACCUAUUGGUCCGGUUUACCAAAACUAUUAUUCGUAUGCGAUUGCAUUUUUCAAUCGUCGGUCCGAUGGCACCCCUUCUGAUGUGUCAGUGACAUUGAAAGAACUUGGACUUGCCUAUCCCGAGGGCUACAGAGUAGAGGACUUGUACGAAGAUGUCGAUUACGGGGUACUGACUCCGCAAACUAAAAUUAAGGUGAAAGUAAAUCCCUCGGGUGUUGUUAUUCUACGAGCUGACUUGGAAUUGGAAGAUUUGCUCACCAGAAAUAACUACACCCCCUUCCCUGCUUUAAACCAGGUCUUUGAGGUCAGACAGAAUUCGUUUAAGUGAUGAACAAAUUAAUGACUAUAAAUAAUAAUGGCAAUAUCUGAUCAUAUCAGUUUUUGUACGACGAAAUUUCAACUAUCUCUUUUUUUCUUGGAAAACGUUAUUGUAAAUUAAAUAAGAUUGUACGUGUAGAAAUUAAAAUGUGAGAAAGUCUACUUA